UGAUAAUAAUAAAAAUGAAUUGAGCAAAAUAUGAGAAAGAGCAAAAGGAGAGUAUCCCCAAAUGUCCUAAUAAACCUAACAUAAGACCAAGAAAAGUCAAUUUCGUGUCAUAUUCCCAGAAAGUCAUCGGAUCCUUGCCUGAUAUUAUUGAGGUAGAGGAUAGUAAUAGUACAAAGGAAAAGAGUAGAAGAGGAAUAAAAGCAGGAGCAAUUAUGAAUCAUACUGAGAAGAAUUUACUGAAGGUCUUGUCCCAAGACCUUCUGAAAGAUCUCGAGGAUAUUCCUCAGAAAGAAUUAGAAGAAGAUACUAAUUCAGUUGAUGACUCUGAUGAUGACUAUGAUGAUGGAAGUCAGAUAAUUCUAAAAGAGAGGCCUCUCAGUGAGGAAGAAACCAAAAAGCCUGAGGAGUCAUUUAUCACAAACCUAUCAUUUAGUAAUGAUAAGAGGCUUAACCUUCAGUCCAAAGGUGACUAUAAGAAGUUUCCCUUCUUGAGCACAUUAUCAAAGAAACACUAUUCUGCAAACCUACAAUACUUGAGAUAACUUGAAGGAUUGCCGUCUUGUUUGACUGGUUAAUAUCACAAUUUGUUAAGAAUUUUUC